UAUUUGCUCUGCAUUUGUCCAUCAGAUCUUUGACAGCAAACAUGAAUUACAAAAUCUUAGUCGUAAUAUUAUUUUCAGGCGCAGUUCUGAAAAUAACUGCAGCCGCAGCAGUAGAAAGUGAAAACGAUAUAGGCCGAGGUCUGGACGCUAAGGGAAUUUUAAAUUCAUUAGCAGGAAAUUUAAUGUCGCGUGGAUACGGUACGACAGCAGCUGGAGGUUCCCAAGUGGUUUCCCUCAAUUUAACGAAUUUAUUAGUUCUGGUACUAUUAAAAGCCUUGAUAUUCGCUGCAGGAUCUUUAGGAACUGGAACCUGGAAAGGAGGUUUGGCUCGAAGUAAUGACGGUGAAGAACAAGUUUUGACUGAAGAAGAAAUCCUGCUCUACUUGAGCUACUUAACAGGUUCGCCAGGUGACAACGGCUGCCUCCAAAGCGUGGCUUGCCACCAACCACAACAGGCGAAAAAGUACGUUGCUGCUGGUGACAUGUUACUAAAAGCAUCGAAGGUGAUGUCUCUUAAUCCUGACAGGAGCUACGAAUACGUUUUAAAAGAAGUGGAGCAAGCUGCUGACGUCGGUUUAGCAGGAGGUGAUUGCUCCAGAUUCACGUGUGGUUUAGGAACAGAUAAACAAUGAUUCAAACAGAAUUGAUUGUUUCAAUUUUAGAGAGUGCUAGUCUAUAUGAGUUUUUGGG